GACGACGACCCGAUAAAAUUUACAGAGGGACUGAGUAAGGUUUUGCUGACGGACAUGGAUAAACCCUAACACUCAGCUCAAACCAUGGCUUCCUUUCACCUCUCUCUCCCACUUGUCAUAAGCCCCAGAAGCGUAAUUUCGAAUUGGGUGGCUUUAGAAUCUUUAAAGUUGAAAGCUUUCAAUCCACAGUUUUUGCUACUUAAACCCCCCAAAUCGCACAGUCUAAACCCACCCAGAGCUUCCACCAAUGGCGCCGACAACGGAAGCAUUGAACCCAGCAAACCCACUCGCCGCGGCAGGAAAAAGGGGCCAACUUCUUCUUCUUCGGAAGCACCGAAAAAACCCAAGCGUUCGAAGAAAUCCGAGACUGUGAACGGCGCCGUCGAACCCGAACUCGUAAUCCAACCCGAAAACCCGGAUUCGGAACUCGAGGAUUACGACGACGGCAUAGAUUUCCCGUACGAUGACCCGCCUCUGGUUUGCUGCUUCGGCGCCGCGCAGAAGGAGUUCGUACCGACGGUUCGGGUCUCCGACAACCGGAUGCACCCGGAUAUAUACUCGCAGUGGAAAAUGCUUCAGUGGGACCCGCCGGAGUUUGUGAGAGCCCCCGGCGGGUCGCCCUCCAAUGUGGCGAUUUCGCACGUGCGGCUCGGCGGGAGGGCGGCGUUUAUGGGGAAGGUCGGGGAGGACGAUUUUGGGGAUGAGCUGGUGCUGACGAUGAACAAGGAGAGGGUUCAGACGCGCGCGGUGAGGUUCGAUUCGAGUGCGAAGACAGCGAUGACUUAUAUGAAGAUUAAGUUUGACGAUGAGAGGAUGUGGGCGGAGACGGUGAAGGAGUCCGCCGAGGACUCGCUGCUCUGCUCCGAGCUCAACCUCGCCGUGCUCAAAGAGGCCAGAAUGUUCCACUUCACUUCAGAAGUUUUGACAUCUCCCUCAAUGCGACCAACCCUUUUCAGAGCAAUGUCCUAUUAAAAAUUUGGGGGGCUUGUGUUUUUUGAUUUGAACUUACCAUUGCCUCUGUGGAAAUCGCGUGACGAAACAAGGAAGUACAUCGAUAGAGCCUGGAACCAAGCUGAUAUAAUCGAGGUUUCGAGGCAGGAAUUGGAAUUUCUUCUUGAUGAAGACUACUACGUGAGGAAGAGGAAUUCCAGGCCCCAGUACUAUGCUGAGGAAUUUGAGCAAACCAAGAAGCAUAGAGAUUAUUACCAUUACACGCCCGAAGAAAUAUCUCCAUUAUGGCACGAGGGACUUAAGUUUCUCUUUGUGACGGAUGGAACGCUUCGAAUUCAUUACUAUUCCCCUUCGUUUCACGGUGUUGUGAUUGGAACGGAAGAUGUGCUCAUAACCCCAUUCACUUGUGAUAGGACUGGUUCUGGUGACGCUGUUGUGGCUGCAAUUAUGAGAAAGCUGACCACUCACCCUGAGAUGUAUGAAGACCAAGAUGUUUUGGAAAGGCAGCUUCGAUUUGCAGUUGCUGCGGGAAUAAUAUCGCAGUGGACGAUCGGUGCUGUUAGAGGUUUUCCUACGGAAAGCGCAACUCAAAAUCUGAAGGAGCAGGUUUAUGUGCCUUCGAUGUGGUAGUAGUGUAGAUCCUAGGUCUCAAAUGUUGUUCAGAAAUUGUUCAUUGUAUUGUAUGAUCUCUUGAGUGCGGAAAAUUUUGUCUAUUUAGGAAGAACAGGUGAGAAGAAAGAUUGUAUCCAAUGUACUUGCAAUUUUAGCAGAAACCAAAUGCAGAUACUAACAUUAAUUUAGGGUUUAGGGUUUA